AUGGCAGAUCCUUCGAGCGAUCAGGACGAGAUCUUGUCAAUACUGAAGAAGCUGCAACAAGAUCAAGCUCAACUGGCUGCCCAGGUCGAGGCUAUCAACAACCGCAUGGAUGUUUCUAGCUCAUUAAGCUCUUUUCGUCUUGCAUCAUCAUCCCAAGAACCGGCCUUUCGAGGGUCGCCUAGCAUCGAUCCCAUCCAGCUAGCAAAAGCCGCCAAUGGCACCACCCCUUCACGCCCUGAUUCAGCCCACGGGGACUUGACCUUACCCAGUCGAGCAUCACCCAUUCCGGCUGUAGGGAGGAAGAAUUCCGUAACCUCUCGAAUCAUCUUAACUACUUAUCCAGGGCAAUCUGGUAUCGACCCUCUCCCCAUGAGCUGGGGAGAAAAUGAUCCAGCCAAACGCGGUCCUGUCGUUGUCAGCCGUCAACAGAGCACCAUCCGCCGCCGCAACGCCAUCGGGGCCCACGGCGGCUCGUACGCCGUUUACCACGCUUUAGCUGUAGCCUCUAAAAACCUCGACAUCGACCACAAAGCCGACUUCACCAACACCGAACCCGCCGUCAGCAUCGGACCCUUCCCCUCCUGGGCCGACAAGAAGAAAAUCGUCGCCAUGGACCCGUUAGGCCACCUAGCCCCCUGGCUCUUCGCCUCGACCAUCAAAUCUCAAGACGUCGAGAUCCGCCCCACCAUCGCCAUCACAAAAGCGCACAUGAAGAUCCCCGAGCUCGAGGCCUCCGUAAAAGCCGGCCGUCUCGUCCCCGACGGCAAAAUCUGCCUCAACACCACCGGCGAACUAGCCGUCACCAAAUUCGCCGUCGAGCCCGUCUGGUACCUUCCGGGGGUCGCCGAACGCUUCAACAUCGAGGAAUCCGUGCUACGCCGCUCUCUCUUCGAAAACACAGGCGGUUCCUAUCCAGAACUCAUCACCCGCAACGACAUCAAGCUCUUCCUCCCUCCCAUCGGCGGCCUAACCGUCUAUUGCUUCGGCGAUCCAGCCAAGAUGUCCGACCCAUCGGUCCGCCUCGCCCUUCGCGUCCACGAUGAAUGCAACGGCUCCGACGUCUUCGGCAGCGACAUCUGCACCUGUCGUCCCUACCUCAUCUUCGGGAUCGAGGAAGCGGUCAAAGAAGCCCAGGCGGGCGGGUCCGGCGUCGUCAUCUAUUUCCGCAAGGAAGGCCGCGCCCUGGGCGAGGUGACGAAAUAUCUCGUCUACAACGCGCGCAAACGCGGCUCCGAUCGAGCGAGCGAGUACUUCCAGCGCACGGAGAACAUUGCCGGCGUCAAGGAUAUGCGGUUCCAGGCGUUGAUGCCGGAUGUGCUGCAUUGGCUCGGCAUCACCAAGAUCGAUCGUAUGUUGUCCAUGAGCAAUAUGAAGUACGAUGCGAUUGUGGAACAAGGGAUCGAGAUCAGGGAGCGGGUUCCCAUUCCCGACGAGUUGAUACCGGAGGAUAGCAGGGUGGAGAUCGAUGCCAAGAUCCAUGCCGGCUAUUUUACGACGGGCAAGGUGAUGAGUUUGGUCGAGUUGAGUGAGGUGCAGGGCCGCGCGUGGGAGGAUAUCGAUCAUUGA